GAAGGAGCGGACACCCUUUCCUGACGGCUCACACAUCCACAACCUCACUCACCACAGCUCUGCGCAGCAAUAGCACAAGACGAAGCUACCAAGCAAUGAAGGCACCGACUCUUCUUCUGUGCGUAUUACCGGCAGCCUCUGGAUUUAUUCCAUCUCCUGUCGUUGUGUCGCGAACAAGCCUGGCCGACCGGCGACAGCGAGCAACAAUCGCGCAAGUCGCCACCGUCGCCAUCGACACACCGCGCACGUUGCCUAAAGGCAAGCGGGUUGUUCGGAGGAAGAAGCGACAACCCAGCCAACCCAAGCACGUGGACACUACGAACGCACCCGUUACGCUCAUCAAAUCGAAAGCGGAGUACGAUGAGAUUUUGAGACACAACAGCAACAGCCUCGUGGUGAUCAAGUUUUUCGCCCCUUGGUGCCGAAGCUGCAAGGCGUUGGACGUGAAGUACCGGCGUAUGGCAGUCGAGAACGACGAUGUGAAGUUUGUGGAGAUCGACGUACAUCAGUCUCCGGACUUGAAGAAGGUAUUAGGCGUUCGGGCAGUGCCGACGGUCAAGCUGCACGCCGGAUCCCUCGGCCAAGUAGCGAGUUUUACAUGUGGACCCCGCAAAGCACCAGAGCUAGCCCGCAAGAUACAGCUUUGCAAAGAUGUUCCAGCCUUAUCAGCACGGCUAGGAAAGGGAUCUGGCAUGAUCGAGAUGCUGGCGGACGAAUUAAACAGCGACAAGCCGGUGGCUGCAUCUUCGUUGCCGCAAGCUGGCCGAGAGGUUGGGUCAGCCGAGUCCGUCAUUGCUAAGGGGCUCAUGGAGAAGGUAGCAAAUCAAGAAAUGGCUGAGUCGAGUCAGCCAACGCUCGACGAAUUCCCGACGGAGGAUGGACUGUAACUCUUGACUUUUUUUGCCAAUUGUGUAUGUAAAUUGUGGUGUCGUCGUGUGGUUCUGUCUUUGCGUUUGAGGUUGAAUUGAAUGUGUAAAGUGGUGACGUUUGGGGAAAAUGUCUAGGCGGAAGUUUUCUGUAUUGAGUGAAUGAGUUUGGAGCCAGAGAGCGCGGCAUCUUCUUGCCUUCACCAAGGCGUUCCGCGGUAAAAACCUUUGCUCCACGAUUCCGCGGAGAUAGCGAUUAGGCGAUCACGUGGCCAAACGUUGGGUACGAUUUUCUGAUUGAAGUUGUGCUUUAUGCUACUUUCGAACGUGGCUGACGGUGGAAUCGGAGCGUGUGAGUGAGCGCUCCCCGUUC